UAAUCCCAAUCCCAAUCCCAAUCCGUGGUCUGAUACGGGCUUUACGGCUGCUCUCGCUGCGCAUGCGCCAAAAACCCGGCCCAUCUACCAUCACUGCCAUCAGCCCGGGCCGUGAGGUGGCGCGCCCUGUCGGCCGAUUUCUUUCAACAAACCCCGCGAGCUGGCGCAGCCUGAAAAUGGCGGGAAAGCGGAGUGUGUUGGGAUUGGCAGCAAUUUCGAAGCCGUAUUCAAACAGUCCGGCGCUGGGGGGGCGGCGAUUCCUCUCGACGGGAUGAGUCGCGGCUGCGAGAAUUAACGUCCCUUCAGGCGUCCUCGGCGAGACGAGUGUACGCGCUCAGGCCGUACCGCGAUCGCGAACGCUAAACGGCGGCACGCGAUAGGAUUACUCGGCGGGAGGGAGAGCGGCGGUCGCGCGGCCCGCGAGAUCGCGAGAUCGUGACGGCCGUUGACUCGCGGACCGGUCGGUGUUGUUUAUCACAUAGAAUUGCUAUGUCGUACAACGCGAACGCUCUCGUCCGUUUCGCGAUACUGGACAAUGCGACGGUCGUGACGUAUCCCGGUCGUACACGUAUUUCUGCAACAAUGGGAACGUGAGUUAGUCCGCCGUCCUAGAUACAGCGGGUGAUUUCGAGCCGUCCUGCGUGAAUCCACGUAACUAGUCGCGCCGUACGCGACGCGAGGAUGAGCGGGGACGCGGAGUACAAUGUCGCCGGUAGGUACCGGACGGUCAGGAAGCACCUGGACAGCCUGGGGUACAAGCAGGCGCUGUCGUUGGACGCGCUGCCUCUGAUAGAGGCCCUGCUGGCCGAUCUCGUUCAGACCACCGACAGCCUGAAGCACUUCAAGGCCGUCGCUCAGGAGAACGUCGAGGCGUGCAGCCAGCUGCAAUUGACGGUUGACCCGUACAAGUGUGACAACGCGAGACUGGUGCGAGAGUGCAACCAGCUGCAUUCGGACCUGAUCGAGACCAAGGAGGCGCAGCAGAGGCAGGUCAAGGAUCUCAAGAGGCAGAUAUACAAGUUAGAAUGUGAGUGCAACGAUCUGCAAUUGGCGUCCUCGCGUAACAUACACAAGAUAAAGGAGCUGGAGGCGGAGUCGGCCGCCAAGUCCAAGAAGAUAUUGGAGCUUCAGGGCAAGUGCCUAAAGCCGACUGUCAUUAAUGUUGGCCUUGCUGCUAAGAAACGCCCCUGUUUUCCUCUUCGACGACCGGUCUUGGAGGCCGAGCCGAUGCCAAGGGCAAGGGGCAGCGGCUCACUGCCGAAAUUAAGUAGCGCCGAGCCUAAGAUAGUAGAUAUAAUAAGCAUGGCAGACCACAAGAUGAAUUGUCUGAGUCAGGAGGUAACGAAAUUGCGAGGGGAGCUUUUAUUGCAAACAGAUACCAUAGAGACCCUUGAGAAACAGCUGGUCACGAAGGAAAAAGAAAUAAUUCGACUGAGAAAAAUGCUGGAAGAUGGCCAUUCUUACGUUCCAGUUAGCAAGGACUGCGCCUGCAGGAAGAUGGAAAAGAAAGCUGGCGCCCACGAUGCGGAGAUUGGCGAAGUGAGGAUACUCCAGCAGGCGAAAUUAGAGCUGGAGCAGCAGGUGAAAGAAUCUCUAAAUAAACAACAUGAUGCUAUGUCUCAGGCAAUGAAACUGGCAGCGCGGAAUGAGGAGCUAGAGAAAGAAUUAAGAGAUAUAGAUCACGUUGCAUUAGCUGUAGAAGCAGACUGCAAUUCCGCAGUUAAAGAGAAUAACAGGAGAGUUUGUAGGCUCCAGGAGAAGUUGGAGGACGUCAUGAUGCAAGUGCAUGUCUUGGAGCGCGAGUUAACUGUAGAACGUCGAGAGGUACAAGAGUUGAGAGCAGAUCUAGAAGCGUGCAGGCUCGAAAAACGUAAUGUUCAACGGACUCUGGAAUCUACGUUGGACGAAAAGAAACAGAUGUCUGAUAGGAUCAAUCAAUUAACAGUCAUUGCGUUUAAAAAUAACAAAGGUGAGAAAUAUAACGUGGCUGGUCAGACAGCGGCUGGAGAUGAGGAAAUUAUAAAAGAUACCAGUAACUUUGAUAUGCAAAAACGGAUUGAAGAAGCAGAUUUGCAAAUUGCGUCUCUGCAACAGACAAUUCAGCGAUUGGAACUGGACCGAGACCACUAUAGAAAGGAAUAUAUUAACUGUCGGGGUGAACAACGCAGAUCGUCUGACAAAGAUAACGCUGACCUGUGGACACGAAUUUGUGAGCUGAAACGUGAAUUAAGUGAUAAGGAACAAGCUUUAAGCCAAGCGCAUCGGGAGAAGGAAGAACUGCGUCGCGAAAAGGAGGAUCUAGAAGCGCGAUUGCAUACUUACAAGAGUCAACAGAGACACAAGUGUAUUCCGUGCAGAUCGUGCAGUUUGUGUAAGCCCGUUCGUAUUUGUACCUGUGCUUCUGGCUCGCCGAUAUCUACUGGAGACAUCAGCACAACGAAGACAAUGCUCGAACGGCUGGAACGAGAGCGGGAUACGGCCAGAGCGGAUGUUGAGCGACUGAUAGAGGAACGCGAUGCAUUACGGGAGAGACUUACGAUGAUGUCGGAUACUCACGUGUGCGACCAACUUCGUCUGAAGGAAAGUUUAGCCGAGGCGGAGAAUCGCUUGAAACACAUAGAGAAAGAACGGCAAGAUCUGUUGGUUACUCAGGGCACGAGAAGAUCGGCGAUAAACGGUCUCGAGGAUCAGUUAGGCGACGUGCAAGAAGAACUGCGCCGUACGAAGCAGGAAUUAAUGGCGCAACGGACGCAAUAUUUUCAAUUACGUACGUUGCAAGAUCAAACGGAUCAAGCGCUUGGAGACGCGCAGGUCCAAUUGUCGCAGACAGAAUCGGAAUUGAACAAGGCUAUGGAUCGCAACAGGAGUAGGGAGCAGCAACAGGUGCAGUUGAACGAUCAAAUCAAGGAGCUGAAGCAAGAAAUAAAUACAUUGCGCUCGAGUAUGACGGUCUUGGACCAAGAGAAAGAUCGGCUAUUGAUGGCAUUGGACGAAAAGACGGAGAAGAUCGCCACGUUGGAACGAGAAUUGGUGCAUAAGGAUCAACAGACGGAGGGAGUGCAACAACAAAUCCGCGAUUUACAGCAUAAAAAUGAAAUAUGCGUCGAUCAGAGCGCGGAGCAGGAGCGUCAGCUCAGGUCGCUGCAGCUGGAGAUGGAGACGAUGCAGCGACAGUUCGAGGCCGCGACGGUGGACCGCGAGAACGCGAUUCAGGAGAACCGGAAGCUGCAGGACGACCUGGCGGCGGUGACCUGCGAGGUGCGGAAUAUGCAGCGCGAGCUGGAGACCUCGCGCGCCGAGUGCUACGACCUGAAGAGGCAACUGCAGACUUACGUCAGCGAGGUCCGCCGUGCCGAGGAACUCCUGAAUCGGAAGGAGAAUGAGAGAACGGAAAUGCUGAAUCACUUCCGGAGUCUUAGCUUAGAGGCGACGGUUCUGGAGAAUAACAAUCACAGCCUGGAGUCCGAGGCGGCGGAGGCCAGAGGCGCCCUUCAAACCGCGAGGCAUCAGAUACUCGACCUGGAUCGUCAAUUGGCGGACAGAGACUGUUUGAUAAAGGGUUACGAGACUCAGAUAAGCAAUCUGACGCAGAGCGUCGCUAACAUGGAGACUCAGCUGCGGCAGCAGAUCGAACAGAGACACCGAGCCGAGGCCGAUCUAAUGGCGGUCAGGGACUUAUGCGUGAAGUUGGACCAACAAAAGGAUACGCUUGUGGAGCAACUCGGCGACAAGGACACCGUGAAAGCGCAUUACGAGGCGCAAUUGUCAAGACUGAAAGCCGAGCAGAGCAUUGUUCAAGAUCAAUUUACUAGAGAUCGCGUGACCGUGGAACGACUGGAGACUCUUCUGGACCAGUCGAGGCAGGAGGCCAUUACCGCGCAGGCUACCAAUCAAGAGCUGCAAAAUGAGAUCUCCAGAUUGAAGCAGAAAGUCUUCGAACUACAAAGUAAACUUUCGUCAGAAUCCGUGGAACUUCGACAAUACCAAAAUCAAGCGGCGGAAUACAGCAAACAGAUCAGCGAGCUCCGUAGGCAGGUCACCAACGAGAGGUUUGACCGUGCGAGAAAGGAAGAAGAGACUCGCAGGUCGCUAAAUUCAUCUCCAGACAGUUUCAAUGUAGAUUUAAAUGUAGUGAUCUAAACUGUACACGAUGUGUCUUGAUCUUGAUAAUUUCCAGUAGAAAGAUAAUAAGGAUCAUAUUGAGUAGAGCCAAUUCAAAGCACACAAAUUGAUUUAAUGUGUUAAGACUCGGCAAUAUAAUUUCGUUCAUAUAAUCACACAUUAAGAGAUAUCAGUUAUAUUUUUUAAUGAUGUAAAUGUGUACGAAUAAUUGUAACAUACAUCGCCCCACGAGGGACCAAGACUUUCGAGAAAUGGAAAACUGACAAUUUCAAGGUGAUAUAUAACCAAGAUUGUUCUUAUAUAUAGUAAUUUGUCUAAUUACCAAAUGUCUCAAGUUAAGUAUACAUGAAAUAGUCAAAUUAUACUUAGAAUUUUAAUUAAAAGAAGAAAUUAAACUAUCUCACAAAGACUUGAUAGAAUAAUUUAAGAACUCAGGAUUCUUUAUAUUAAAAAAAUUGUAAGUAUAUCGAAUAUAUAUAUAUAUAUAUAUGUAUAGAAAAUACAAUGGAGAUUAUUAGAUAUGUUGAGGAGAAAAAGAAAAUAAAGUCGACAAUACUUGUAGUGGUAA